AUGGGUUGCUGUUUGAGCACUCAAAAAAAACCGUCCAAAGAUGGUGACAAAUGUGGCGGAGCUUCCCCGCCGAAGCCACUGCGGUCACCGCCCCGGGCGGAAGAAGAAACUGUGAAAGAAGUCCUUGUCCUCUCUGAAACUCCCAUUCCAAAACCUUCUGUCCCAGACGUAGUAGACAAGAAAAAUGACCGUUGUAAACCGCCGGAAAAUCAAGAACUGGAGAUUCAAAUUCAAUCAACUGCUGAGAUUAAACCAGCCAAAGAGUCGACGGUUGUGAUUAAGCCAGCUGAAGAUAUUAUCUCUGAAGCGUCUGAGCAGUCGGAGCUGUGUAGUUUCACUGGGAGUUUCUCCACCACGACAACUGCUACAGCAAUGGACAAGAGGGACGAUGGAGAAGAAGUCAACCAGAAGUCUCCAGUCAGGGUUCGCCGGAAAAGGACAAAUGCCGGAGAUAUAGCUGGAGCUAGGGAGAGGAGUGUCAGAUCGCCGGCCAGACGACCUCUGCCGUCUCCGGAGAAGAAGCCUGUUGUAUCGUCUAGGCCGGCGCAGGGAAGGGCGAUGGCUUCUCAUCGCAGGAAUGUGGGUGGUGGAAUGGGACCACCGAAUGGUCUCCGGCGAGACGCCGGUGAAGGUUCAGCUCGACGUUCGAGGUCUCCGGUAACACGUGGCCAAGUGGGUCCUCGUCAGAAUGUGAGGUACCGGAGUCCGGGGUUGAGUGAAAAUGGUCGGGCUGGUGGCCGGUCGCCGGCGAGGGCUUUAGAUAACGUCGUUAAAGUGGAGAAGAGCAGCGACGAUGUCGUAUUGCCAGAGAACAACAACACUGAGAGACGUAACGACGACGUUUCAGGGGAGGCUGGCGAGUCCCUGGAGAAUCCGCUUGUUUCUUUAGAAUGUUUCAUCUUUCUAUAG